AUGGCGACUCAUACCGAAGUCAUCACACCCUCGGCCUCGCGCACGACUCCUGCCCUCGUGCGCCGCCAGUCCUCCUCUCACUCGAUUCAGAAAAAGCCAUGGCAGCAUAAUCAUCGACCGUCCUUCCACUCGACUAACUCCCGUCCUGAUCCUGAAGAGAUUCAACGCCUCUCGGAACACAUUUCGCGACAGACCACUCGGUCAUCGCACCGGCGCACCCCGAAAUGGUACAAGAUACGUUGGUUCAAGGGCAUAGUUGACGACCUCAAGAGACGGGCACCGUACUACUGGAGUGAUUGGAGGGAUGCUUGGGAUUAUAGAGUCAUCCCCGCCACCGUGUACAUGUACUUUGCAAACAUCUUACCAGCAUUGGCAUUCUCCCUCGACAUGUUCACCAAGACCCACAACUCAUACGGCGUCAAUGAAGUCCUUUUCUCCUCGGUCAUGGCGUGUGUGGUCUUUUCUCUUUUCGCCGCGCAGCCUCUUGUCAUUGUAGGCGUUACUGGUCCCAUCACCGUCUUUUCGUAUACGGUGUACGACAUCAUCGUCCCCCAUGGCACCAAUUUCUUUGCCUUCAUGGCCUGGAUCGGCAUCUGGUCUCUGCUCAUGCAUUGGCUCCUGGCCAUCACCAACAGUUGCAACGCCUUGACCUACGUUACGCGCUUCAGUUGUGACACCUUUGGGUUCUACGUUGCCUUUAUCUAUCUGCAAAAGGGGAUCCAAGUCCUCACCAGACAGUGGGGAUUGGCUGGCGAAACCAGUGCCUAUCUGUCUGUCAUGGUCAGUCUGCUGGUCCUUGGGUUUGCAUAUGGUUGCGGUGUGCUCGGCAACAGCAACCUGUUGCAACGACAUGUGCGGAAAUUCAUCGAGGACUACGGCACUCCGCUGACAAUUGUCUUCUUCACCGGAUUCGUCCAUAUCGGCCAUAUGAGGAAUGUACAUCUCGAAACCCUGCCGACGAGCAAAUCGUUCCACCCGACUGCUGACCGUGGCUGGUUCGUUCACUUUUGGGAUAUCAGUGUAGGAGAAGUCUUCCUGGCAAUCCCUUUCGCGAUCCUUUUGACAGUCCUGUUUUGGUUUGAUCACAACGUGUCGUCUCUCAUUGCACAAGGGACAGAAUUCCCGCUGCGCAAACCGCCGGGGUUCCAUUGGGAUAUCUUCCUCCUCGGUCUCACCACCGGCAUCGCGGGAAUUCUCGGCAUCCCUUUCCCAAACGGCCUCAUCCCUCAGGCACCAUUCCAUACUAACGCUCUUUGCGUCACAAGGCAGGUUGUCGACGAGAAGGCGAGGGGUCAUAUCGUCCGGGUCACGGAUCAUGUCGUUGAGCAGCGCUUCAGCAACCUUGCGCAGGGUCUCUUGUUCCUGGUCACGAUGAGCGGGCCGCUACUGGUCGUGCUACAUCUGAUCCCACAGGGUGUGCUUGCCGGGCUGUUCUUCGUCAUGGGAGUCCAAGCUCUCGAGGGCAAUGGUAUUACUCAGAAGUUGCUUUUCCUGGCGCGGGACAAAGAGUUGACAGACGCGACGGACCCGCUGGCACGAAUCGAGCGUCGCGCCGCCAUCUGGGUCUUUGUGGCGUGUGAAUUGGUCGGAUUCGGCGCCACCUUUGCCAUCUCCCAGACCAUCGCCGCCAUUGGAUUUCCCAUCAUCAUCCUCCUCCUGAUCCCGUUCCGCACGUGGCUGAUGCCCAAGUGGUUCCGGGACGAAGAACUCCGGGCCCUGGACGCACCCACUGCUGGCACCUUUGUCAUGGAAAGCGUGGGCGGCGCGUACGGCGAGAGUGGAGAGAGCACACCAUCACGCGCCGGAGGAACAUCGCCUCCAGACGAGUCCGACGAAGUCGCCGUCGUGGACGAUUCGCUGGAGCGAGGCGAGAGCCACGAAUUACAGAGCGUUCUGGCCAACAAGAGAUCAUCGCCAGAGACUGCGAGUAUCGCAACGAGGCGCACCGGAAGUCACGGCGAGACAGCCCGCCCCGACGUGGGCAUGACGAGACGAAGUCGCAAUUCCCUGAACAGAUGA